AAAAACACACACACAGAGGAAAAAAGAAACCCAAUUUAACAUAUUAUUUAUUAUAUGUUCCCGACAAACUUAUGAAAAUAAUUAUUCUCGGUUACCAACAAACUUGCCUGCUGAAAACCGUUAAUCAAGCAAUCAGAAGUUAACAAUUAUCAACAAAUUAACACUUUAUUUCUCCAUCUUUCAUCUUCUCCUUCAAUUCUUACCUUCGAGUACCAGACAUGGCGGGUGCCUCAGUUGGUGGAGCUUUUCUCUCGGCAGCUCUUCAGGUUCUGUUCGAUAGAAUGGCUUCUCAAGGAUUCCUGGAUUUCAUUAGGGGAAAGAAACUGGAAAAGGGAUUGGUGAAGAAACUGAAGCCAACGUUGAUGUCUGUUAAGGCUGUGCUGGAUGAUGCUGAAGACAAACAGAUUACCAAUCCAAAUGUCAAAGAUUGGGUUUCUGAGCUUAAAGAUUCUGUUUAUGACGCAGAGGACCUGGUCGAUGAAAUUGCUACUGAAGCACUUCGAACCAGGUUGGAAGCUGAGGAUGAAAUUGCUUCAACGAAGGUAAUUCGCGUUGUUUCGUCUUUCAAUCCUUUCAGUAGAGGCAUGGAAUCUAAGCUAGAAGAUGUUCUUGAGAGGUUAGAAUCUCUAGUCAAGCAAAAAGAAAUUCUGGGUUUGAAAGAAUAUUGUAGAGGGGAGAAGGCAUUUCAGAGACCUCCUGCAACUUCUUUAGUGGAUGAAUCUGGUGUUUAUGGUAGAGACAAUGAAAAAGAAGCAAUAAUGAAGUUGUUGUGCUUAGAAAAUGCUAACGGAAAUCAGCUGGAUGUGAUACCUAUAGUGGGCAUGGGCGGGGUUGGUAAAACCACCCUAGCACAAUUGGUCUACAAUGACAAGAGAGUGGAUGAAUGGUUUGACAUCAAAGCAUGGGUGUGUGUUUCUGACGAAUUUGAUGCUUUCAGGGUAACCAAAACCAUUCUUGAAGAGAUCACUUCUAUCUGUGAUAGUAGUCAGAAUCUAAAUCAGCUUCAACUUAAACUAAAAGAGAAGCUGUUGGGAAAGAAGUUCCUAUUUGUAUUGGAUGAUGUUUGGAAUGAGAAAUAUGUUGAUUGGGAAGAGUUGAGAAGUCCUUUCUGUUUCGGGGGGAAAAACAGCAAGAUUGUUGUAACUACUCGCAAUGAAAGUGUAGCAUCCAUUAUGAGGACAGUUCCACCUUAUCAUCUUAAUAUCUUAUCCGAUGAAGAUUGCUGGGAGUUAUUUGCAAAACAUGCAUUUGUUGAUACAAGCCCGAGCAUGCAUCCAAAUUUGACAGCAACCGGUGAAGCAAUGGUCAAAAGAUGCAGAGGCCUCCCCCUUGCAGCAAAAGCACUUGGAGGUCUUCUACGGUGUAACCUGGAUGUUGAUGAAUGGAAUAAAAUAUCAACCAGCAACCUGUGGGACAUUACAGAUGGUAUCCUUCCUGCACUAAGGUUAAGUUAUUAUUAUCUUCCUUCACAUUUGAAGCGUUGCUUUGCAUAUUGUUCACUUUUUCCAAAAGACUAUGAGUUCAAGAAAGAAGAACUCGUCCGAUUGUGGAUGGCUGAAGAUCUUUUAUUGAAUUUCAAGUCAAAAGAAGAGAUGGAAGAACAAGGUAAAGAGUACUUCAAAGAUUUAGCAUCAAGAUCUUUUUUUCACCAGUUAAGCUUAGAUAAAUCUUGUUUUGUCAUGCACGAUCUAAUUAGUGAUUUAGCUAAAUCUGUAGCUGGGGAGUUCUUCUGCAGAUUGGAAGGUUGUGAUAAUUUAUGUGAAAUAAAUCAGAAGGCACGUCAUUUAUCCAAUGUCCAAGAAAAUUAUGAUGUGAGAAAGAAAUUUGAGACUUUACCUAAAGCCAAAGGGCUGCGCACAUUCCUAAGCUUAAAGUCUUUGCCUUGGCAUUCUUAUGUUACCAACAAGGUAAUGCAUGAUUUGUUGUCGAAAUCAAGGUUGCGGGUACUUUCUUUGGCUAAAUAUUGUAAUAUCAAUGAAAUACCCAAAGAAAUUAGUAAGUUGAAGCAUCUGCGAAGUUUGGAUCUGUCAGGAUCUUCAAUUAAAAGUGUGCCUAAUUCUUUAAGUACGUUGUAUAAUCUGCAAAUGUUAACUUUGUUUCGUUGUAGCAACCUUGUUGAACUGCCUAAAGAUAUGGGGAGAUUGAUCAACAUGUAUUAUCUCAAUAUCAGGGGAACAAUGUUAGCAAGGAUGCCAAAAGGAAUAGGCAAGUUGAAAGAUCUUCGAACAUUAACAAAUUUUGUUUUAGGUGAGCAAAAUGGUUCAAGCAUCGAAGAGUUGGGAAAGCUCAAGCACCUACAUGGACAACUUGCCAUUUCAGGUCUAAAAAAUGUUGCAUGUGCUAGGGAUGCCAAAAGUGUCAAUUUGAAGGACAAGAUGAAUCUUAAGGAGCUGGAAUUUAUAUGGAAGAAGCAUACUUAUGGUAGUGAAGUACUUGGACAAUUUGAGGCUGAUAAAGAAGUUCUUCAACAACUGGAGCCUCAUACAAACUUGGAGCAUCUUGUAAUUGGUUUUUAUAGAGGCACAAGAUUUCCAGAAUGGGUGGGACAUUCUUCAUUCUUAAAUGUAGUAUCUGUGCACUUAAGAGGUUGCAAAUUUUGCCACUCCAUGCCACCGCUUGGGCAAUUAUCAUCAUUGAAAUCUCUCUCCAUUUCUGAAUUUAGUGCGGUAGUAAAAGUCGGUGAUGAGUUCUAUGGGAGUGAUCAUGCUUUGACUAAACCAUUUGGUUCUCUUGAAAAUCUGAGAUUUGAGGAUAUGCCGGAGUGGGAAGAGUGGUUUUGUUUCAAAGUUGAAGCUUUCUGCCUUCUCCAAGAGCUUAGCAUAAUAGAUUGUCCCAAGCUAACUAAGAAUAUACCGAAACACCUCCGGUCUUUAACGAAACUGGAGAUUAGAAAUUGCGAGAAUCUUCAAAGCUUGCUUCCAAGGACAACAAGCAUUCGCCAACUUAAUUUACGGAGAUGUGAUGCACUGCGAUUGGAGCCAUUGCCUUGUGGGCUUCAAAAGUUGCAAAUUCGAGAUUUGAAUAUUGAUGAUUCCAUGUUGGAGAAGAUGGUGCAACACUGCAGUCAUCUAAAAAAGUUAGCUAUGUUGGAUUGUUCUAAACUCAAAAUCCUUCCUGAAGGUAAGCUACCUAUCACUCUGAAAGAAUUGAACAUUGAAAGGUGUCCUGUCUUGGAUUGUUCAAAGAUCCUCUUGUAUACAGCUCUUGAAUCCUUGAUGAUAGAAGGCAAGUGUCAUAAACUGGAGUCUUUCCCAUUAGGAUCAAUGCCUAUGCUAAAUUAUGUUUCUAUUUGGGAAUGUGAAGACUUGAAGUCAAUCUGUGCAUCAAAUGGCUCUCACCAGCGUCUCUCACGUCUCAACUAUCUGCAUAUCUACCAUUGCACUAAUUUUACAUCUUUGGAAAUUGAAGAUGAAUUAUCUGCCACCAAUUUGACCUCGCUUACACUUUGGCAUUGCAUGACUUUAAAGUCAUUGCCUGAGCAAAUGCGCUCCCUUUUCCCAUCCCUUGAGCACCUGUCAAUACGAUAUUGUCCAGAGAUAGAGUCAUUUCCAGAAGAGGGUUUAUCCUCCAAAUUAAAAACUAUUGAAAUCGGAAGAACUGACAAGCUAAUUGCUAGCAUGAUGAGGAGAGCAUGGGGUUUGCGAACACUCCCUUCACUUAGAGGUUUUGAACUCUCAGGUGCAGAAUUAGAGAUGGAGUCUUUUCCAGAUGAACAUAUGUUGCCAUCUUCUAUAGCAUCUCUCACCAUCUCUGAUCUUCCAGAUCUAAAGUUUUUGGACAAUAAGGCCUUUCAACACUUCACCUCUCUUUUUGAGUUGAUUAUCGACAGCUGUCCAAAGCUCCAAUCCAUGCCGGAAAAGAGUCUCCUUACCUCUCUUUCUUAUUUGUCCAUUAACAAUUGCCCCUUGCUGAGAAAACGUUUCAAAAAGAAGAAAGGCAAAGAUUGGCCCAAGGUUUCCCACAUCCCUGUCAUUCACAAUCAUGGAGAGCUCAUCAUAUAGCAAGACUCAGAAGCUGUGUGUCAUAAAUGUAUCCCUGUGCCAUUAUUAAAGCAGCCAAACUCAGGGCAUGCAGAUUGUGGUGGGUUCUCACGAACCAUGAGGGGGUUUUCUUUGCAGUGUUCUCGUACCCCUUUGGGAUUUGCAAUGCUGAUGAAGCUGAAGUUGGGGCAAUCAGGGCAUCAAGGAUCUCAAGUUUCAGUCCCAGAAGUACCUGCAAAAAAAAUUUCAAUGCUUCGAAGGUUUGGCAUCAAGCUCUGUGUACUUGGUUUCGAAGAGGUGCAAUGAUGAAGUGGUUAAAUUUCAACUUUACAAAGAAUAAGGAUUUCCGAGCAAAGGCUUACAUUGUUCGUACACAUUGAUUGGGAUUUAUACUAAUCCGAGCACUGUUCGUUUUUCUUGAAGUAAUUAUUUUUGACACUGGAAUCCAUUGUAUAUUGAGAUGAUAGGUUAUGAUCAAGCAUUUGGAUGGCAAAGAAAACAACUACUAACCAUUGGUGUCUAUGUGUUGCAAUUGGAUAUUCCAAUUUUGUAUUUAUAUAAAUUAUGAUAUAUUAAUCAUUUGUAUCAUAUAAAUAUAA